AUGACCCUGGUGUUGGGGAACCCAGGAACUUUCAAAAGAAGGCUGUUAUUCUCAGCCUUGUCUUAUAUGGGCUUUGAAACUUACCAAGCCAUUUCUCAGACUGCUAUGGUUCAUGCCACAGCCAAAGUCCUUGGAGUUGAAGAAAUCCUUGAACAGGCAGACUACUUGUAUGAAAGUGGAGAAACAGAAAAACUUUAUCAGUUGCUAACCCAAUACAAGGAAAGUGAAGAUGCAGAGUUAUGGUGGCGUUUGGCCUGGGUGUCAUGUGAUAUAACUCAGCUUAGUGGAACAACAGAAGAGGAGAAAAAGCUCUUGGUGUAUGAAGUCCUAGAGUAUGCAAAAAGAGCCCUAGAAAAAAAUUAAUCAAGCUUUGCAGCUCAUAAGUGGUAUACAAUCUGUAUUAGUGAUGUUGGAGAUUAUGAAAGCAUCAAGGCUGAAAUUGCAAAUGUCUACAUUAUCAAGGAACAUUUUGAGAAAACAAUUGGACUGAACCCUAAAGAUGUUACCUUAAUUCACCUUAUGGAUAUUUGUUGUUACACAUUUGCUGAAAUGCUUUGAUAUCAAUGAAGAAUUGCUAAAAUUCUUUUUGCAGCGCCUCCUAGUUCCACCUAUGAAGAGGCCUUAGGCUACUUUCACAGGGCAGAGCAAGUGGAUCCAGACUUCUACAGCAAGAACUUGUUUCUUUUAGGAAAGACAUAUUUGAAGCUGCACAACAAAAAUAUUGCUGCUUUUUGGCUAAUGAAAGCUAAGGAUUAUCUAGUGCACAUAGAGGAUGAUAAACAGAUUGAGACAGAAGCUGCUCAGUUGCUUACAGGUUUCUAUGACAAGAGUUGA